UCAUCCCCCCCGCACUUCAGGAGCAUCACUCUUUGAGCAAACCUGCUCCAAUGAUGACCCCCGGCAGGUUUUAUUUUACUCUGUACCUGCUCCAGCAGAGGCGAAUGCGUCCGGGCUCACUCUCAACCCCAAACCGAGGCAGCAGCACUGAUGUCCCUGGUGGGGUGACCCGCGCAGAGGCUGCACACAGCGAAGCUGCCCAGAGGAGGCAGCUACCUGAAAAGUGAAACCUCUCAAGCUCGAAACCAGUGGAACCCGUUCCACCAGUUUCUCACAGAGAACACAAUGCGAUCACCUCCCUGUUUCAUAGAGGCUGCGUUUCCAGAAGAGAAUGGGAGAAAGACGGAAGGAUUCCUACGGCAGAGCAGGGGAGACAGCUGUCCGUGCAAAAUAAACACUCCCGGGGUAUCCCAGCCGCUGAAGGACCCUGUGCAAAGUCAGUGCAGGAUACCUGGCUAACUUCACUCGACCAGAACGACUGGAGUGCUGGGCAAAGGAACGACAAGGGACUUGCCGAGCUCGAGUUUCCGAACUCCUCCAAGCGCAGUUCUCAGCUUUCAACCGGGCAGCAUGUAACCCGGUUUUGAUCCCGUUGUGAGAAACGCACUCGUGUUUUCCUGUUGAGAGAGACAGAGAGAGUGAAGAGCCCCCGGGUAAGUGACAGAUAUAUCCACCUGUCAACCGCCCCCUGAGGCGCCGAAGGAAAGCCCCUGCAGGAACGCGAGUGACAAGGAAGCGAGCUUCAUGUGAUACCUGUACACGUGUGUGGUGUGUGUGUGUGCCACAAUGCUGGAGGGGAACGGCUCUGAGUGCGAAUGUGCCGUCUGCUGGAACCCUUACGACAACGCCUUCCGCACGCCCAAGAUCCUGGAGUGCAAGCACACCUUCUGCCUGGAGUGCCUGGCCCGGAUGAGCCUGGCAUCGGUGCCCGAGAUGGACCCGGGCAUGUCCUGCCCCCUGUGCCGCCACCUGACGCCGCUGGGCGCCGGGCAGCUGGUGACGGGCCUUCGAACCAACGUGGAGAUCCUCAGCCGCAUGAGGCUGCAGCCGGUCCACGUCUACCUGGACCACGGGCGCCUGUUCUACAAGGGGCCCGGGAAAGCCAGCUUCCUGCUGCGCCGGCCCACCGUCUACACGCUGAGCCUGGACGUGGAGCGGGAGAACGGGCUCCCGCUGCGCACACAGGCGGCGCCGGCGCUGGAGGACCGGCUCCCGCAGAACAUCAUGUGGAAGUGCUGCCAGAGCCCACCCUGCAGAACCGUCAUGUACAUCAUGAUCGUCAUGUUUGGGAUUACAAUCAUUCUUGUCAUCUCCCUGUUCUGGACCAAGAAAAUACUGUGGGACCUGGGCUGAGGACGCGCUCGCACUGACGUGGCACCUUUCACACCCUCGGGCCGUCUCCAAGGGCUUUCCAGCCAAUGAACUGCUUGAUCUGGGUCUGUAAUAGCAUGUAAUGUAGAAAAGGGGACGAUUAAUUUGAAGACCUCACAAAUAGAAAUAUGCAAUCGGGUUUAGUUAUUGAUGGAGGAUUGACUGUUGGCUAAGUACACUGAGAUAAACACCUUGCUCUUCCUCUAUAAAUACAGGGAGAGUGCCAGAAAACUGGCCAGGCGGCGUCAGAGGGUUUCAAAUCCAAAAUGUUGUCUGCUCCAGUCGCCGCUGAUGCUUUUAUUUCAUAUUUUCAGCAUCUGCAGAUGCCUAUUAUUUUUAUUUUGUUCUUCUUUCAAAUUAUUUUAUUGAGGUACAGCCCUUCCGGCCUCACUGCCCAUCAACCCCAAUUUAACCCUAGCCAAAUCACGGGCCAAAUUACAAUGACCAAUUAACCUACCAAACGGUAGGUCUUUGGACUGUGGGUGGAAACCAGAGCACCCGGAGGAAACCCACGCGGUCAUGGGUUGAACCGUACAAACUCCUUAAGGCACUGACUGGAAUUGAACUCUAGUCGCCUGUACUGUAAAGCGCUGUGCUAACUGUUAUACUACCAUUAAGCUCACACAACAGCUCCACCUCCAGCAAAGCAGUAUCCCCGCGUGGCGUACUGGAGCAACGAGCCAGAUUUUUUUUCUGGAUGGCACCAGGGAGGAAGGUGGGAAGCACAAGCUUCUGGGGAACCCACGAGCCUGAAUUUAUCUCACGAUUGUUGGAUUUGAUGUGCCUCAGGCAACAAAUUGGCUUCGGGAAAUGUUUGGUGCAAUUUCAGCAAUUAAUGAUUUCACUCUAGUAUUCAGGAAACAGAAAUCCCUCAGUAUCAACUCCUAAUUUGUGACCCCUGCCCAGAAAGCAACCUUGUGGUCCGGUCUCCACCUGGAUUUGAGCCAAAACUCCAAAGGACACAAACAGCAUUUUAGCAAUGUUACAACUACCAUGUUAUACUUCCCCGGCAAGUGAGAGUUCUGGCACACAGACUCCCAGGCAAGGUCACUGAUACCUUACUUCCUCGUUAUAGCAGAGAAAGAGGCCAUUCAGCCCAAUGGGUCUGUUCUGACGUUCAGAGGGAAAGCCAUGCAGAACAUUUUCUCUUUUUGUACUCUCUCACACACAUACAUCCAUCACUUCAUUUUGAUUCUUUUGCUACUAAUUUACUCUUAAGAAAUAAUUUACAGUAGCUGAUUAACCUAUCAGCUUAUCUUUGGGAUGUGGGAAGAAACUGGAACCUACACAGUCACAGUGAAAACCUACACUCUCCACACAGACAGUACCCGAGGUCACGAUCGUGCCUGGAUUGCUGGGUCACUGAGUCUGUAUCACUGAGCCACCCUUGAUUCCCAGCUCCUGCACAAUGACUGACAGCAAGUGGUCACUGCACUGAUUCCUGUGUAUCUGCUAUUCUGAUGUCAGAUUCCAGUACAGUAAGGUGAUUCUCCAGUUCAGUCCCUGCCAGUCAGAGGAGAGUGGAAGGAGUGAUCGCAGCCAGUGCAGAGUAACCCCAUAGCCAUCUCCCUCAACAACUUUGGAUACUGUUGGGGGAGAUGACCCAGCAGAGGAAAGCCACAGCGGUCAGGUCUCUAGCACUGAAACUGGCUCUGUGGCUCAGAAGGGAAGGGAGGGGGGAUAAGCGGUGAGCUGUGAUGAUAGGGGAUUUGUUGGUUAAGGGAAAAGAAAGGAGUUUCUGUUGAUGGGAAUGAGAUUCCUGGAUGGUAUGUUGUCUCCCAGGUGCCAGGGUCAGGGAGAUCUCGGAACAAGUCCUCAGCAUUCUUAAGCGGAAGGGUGAGCAGCCAGAGGCCGUGGUUGAUAUAGGUACCAAUGACAUCCGUAGGAAGAGGGAUGAGGUUCUGCAAAGUGAGUUUGGGGAGUUAGGUGCUAAGUUAAAGGACAGGGCCUCCAAGGUUUUG